AUGGGUCGGGUAUAUGAAGUCAAUAUGAAGUGGCCAGAGAAAUAUGGACCCGUUCUCCAUGUUCGCGUUUUCACGCGCCGAAUCAUCGUUCUGAACUCCUCCAAAUCCGUGAUAGGCUUAUCCGAAAGCAGGUCGAACAUAUAUUCCGAUCGGCCGGUCGUUUGGAUGUAUAAAGAACUCGUCAGGCGUAAGUUGGCCGUUUUCAACAUCUCUUCGGCUCACCCGUGGUUUCGCAAGUAUCAGACGCUCUUGAAAUCCGCUUUGUACAAGCCCGAUAUGCAGGAGAGGUAUCAGGAGCUGCAGGAACGAUAUUCGGUUGUGCUACUGGACUUAUUGAGAUGCGAGCCAGAAAAGUUCAUUGACCAUGCUAGAAGAAAUGCUGGUUCAAACAUCCUGAAAUUGGCUUAUGGAUGGCAGGUCAAAGACGAAAACGACUAUCUCGUGACUCUGAUGAAAGAGUCGAUCGCAGUACAAGAGGAAUUGAUCGCACCUGGAAAAUGGCUCGUUGAUACCUUUCCGACUUGGAUACGGUUCAUCCCAAGUUGGUUUCCUGGCGGGGGCUUCCAUAUCAAAGCCGAAAAAUACAGAGAAAAAUUGACCCCAAUCGACCGUUUCCCACAUGCAUGGGUCAAGGAGCAGAUGGCGUCUGGGAAUUAUAUCCCACCGUUCACGUCCAUGCAAUUGCAAGAGAACCUCUCUGAAGAAGGAGACGAUAUUGUACUAUGGACAGCUGUCGCUUUGUACGCAGGCGGUGCUGAUACAACGGUGUCAGCUACGACGAGUUUCUUCCUGGUCAUGACCCUUUAUCCUGAAGUACAAAAGCGUGCUCAAGAUGAACUUGAUCAAGUCAUGGGCCAGGAUAGGCUGCCCCAUAUCAAGGACAGAAAGCAGCUGAUUUACGUACAGGCCCUUCUCAAAGAAAUUAUGCACUGGGCACCAGUUGUACCAUUAGGUAUGUGCGGGUUCGUCUUCUGA